AUGGCUGUGAAAUUUGUAAUGAGAAUUACUUUCUUACUUCUGCUGGAAGUGGCAUAUGGAUUAGCAGAAGGAGCACCACCUAUGGCAAAACACAGUUGUCCUGAUAGAUGUGGAAAUGUUUCGAUUCCAUAUCCGUUUGGAAUCGGAAGCAAUUGCUUCAUGCACAAGACGUGUGAAGUUGUUUGCAAUGAAAAUGGAGUCGCUGCUCCUAUAGCGUUCCUACCCAGCAUAAAAAUGGAGGUGCUGGAAAUCAAUAUUAGUGAUCCGUAUGUUAAUAAUACAUAUUUUUCUUAUGAGCCCGGACUCAUUCGAGUCAAGAUGCCUAUUAUUUCUUCUUCAAACUGCAUAAAUCAGAGUGUUGCAGGGGUGAACAUCUCCGGAACUCCAUUUUUCUUCUCGUCAUAUCGGAAUAAAUUCGUUUCGGUUGGUUGCAACAAUGACUGGUCUGGAUCCUAUGGUGGUGGUUGGUUGCAAGACGGAUUGCAGUAA